GACACACACCUGAGAGUUUGGUUAACUACUUGGUUCUCUCAUUCCGGCAGCGAGAGCACCAUAGAGUGGAAGUCGUCAAUAGCUACAGGUAGCAUCCCGACAUUGUGUCCUGGGUUUUCUUAAUGAAGGGGAAUAUUGAUCAGAUCUAAUGAACUACUGCCAGGUUUUAAACUAUCUGCAUCACAGUUCUAGAUGAACCAUACCAGAGCAUCGCAUAUCAGACUGAGGGAUUAAACAAUUUUUUUUUACACUUGCUAGCAUCACAUGGACAAGUUUUCACAGGGAGUAAAAAAUCUCUUUUGAUUGCAUGGAUAAAAUAUGGAAGAUUUGACUGACAGUUAUUAUAGUACGGUACUAAGUUUUUACUAAACAUGUUCAUGUACAGCUUGAUUAACAAACAGAUUUUAUUUUGCAUCUGUUGCUUAAAUUCUCAAAUAAUGGAGGAAAAAACUUUACUGUGUCUGGGAGACAACAAUUACUGUUAUUUCGAGAUCAAUUGGAUUUGCUGACAAGUUGACAAAUUGAAUGCUGGGAGUUGCAAUCUGAUGGAUAUUUUAGGAGAGUGUUGGGAAUUUUAAGUUCAGUAUUCACAGGAGACUGUCUCUGGCACAGGGCCAGGAACCAAUGCAGACGCCAGACAGCUAGAUCCAAACUCGGAAACCAAAAAGAUGGACAAGGUCUACUAUCAGUACCGAGAGAAACUCAUGAACCAAGGGCGGUUCAUUGACCCAGACACUGACCUGGAAGGGGACAGUUUUGGAAUGGGGGUGGUUCGUAAAGAAAUGGACCUUACAAAUGAUGAGAAACAGUACCUUUUGGCAGUCGAGCGGGGGGAUGUUCCCUCAACUCGACAAUAUCUGAGUAUGGGAGUACAAACGGGACUCAAUGUGAACUGUGUGGACCCUCUGGGGCGCUCAGCACUGCUCAUUGCGAUUGAAAACGAGAAUAUUGAAAUGAUUGAAGUUUUGUUGAAUUAUAAUGUGGAGGUCGGUGACUCGCUUUUACAUGCUAUAAAUGAAGAGAAUGUGGAAGCAGUGGAAUUAAUUCUUAACCAUGAGGUGGCCACUAAGGGAGAAGAGUCACGUCGUCAUGAAAGGUCUCUACACCAGAGUGUUCCUUCAAGCUCAUUCACUCCAGAUAUAACCCCAAUUAUUCUGGCAGCUCAUCGGGACAACUAUGAAAUCAUCAAACUACUCUUAGACAGGGGCUACCGAAUUCCAAAACCCCACAACAUCAAGUGUCACUGUAAGUCAUGCAUCAAUGAAAGUACUGAUGACAGCCUCCGUCACAGUCGGUCACGCAUCAAUGCCUACCGGGCAUUGGCAAGCCCCUCACUCAUAGCUUUAUCCAGUAAAGACCCGAUUCUGACUUCUUUUGAAUUGAGCUGGGAACUUCGGAGACUUAGCAAACUUGAGAAUGAGUUCAAGUUGGAUUAUGAAAAAUUAGCCAAAAAGUGCCAAGAAUUUGCGGUGGAUUUACUGGAUCAGAUCCGCGGAUCCAAGGAGCUGGAGGUGAUUCUGAACCAUGACACGACCAAUCCGGCCUACUCUGAGGGGGGACAGGAAAUUGAGCCCAAACCCACAGACAAGAUGAAGCUCAGUCGGCUAAAACUGGCCAUCAAGUUCAAACAGAAAAAGUUUGUGUCUCAUCCCAACUGCCAGCAGUUGUUAGCGUCCCUGUGGUAUGAAGGCUUGCCGGGUUUCCGUCGUCAUAAUAUUGUGUCCAGACUGUUGAUCACGUUCAUGAUAGGAUUUACCUUCCCAUUACUCUCCUUGUUCUAUCUGAUCGCACCCAAGAGUCGCUUCGGAAAACUUAUACGAAAGCCCUUUAUAAAAUUUAUAUGUCACAGUGCUUCUUAUAUAACAUUCCUGGUUUUACUAAUUCUGGUGUCCCAGCGGGUGGAGAUUCCUAUACCAGGCCUGUGGGACAAAGUGGCGACUGACCUGGAUAAGAUACAGCUAGAGCAGAGGGGGGCACCUGCCACCAUGGUGGAGUGGAUGAUCCUGGCCUAUGUCGCUGGACUGAUAUGGGCAGAGAUCAAGCAGCUGUGGGAUGAGGGAGCCCAUGACUAUGUCCAUGAUAUGUGGAACAUUCUGGACUUUGUCACCAACUCUUUGUACAUAGCCACAUUCACACUUAGGUUAAUAGCUUACUUACAGGUACAGAAAGAAAUACAAGAAAAUAAAGCAAGUGCACAACUAGAAAGAAAAGACUGGAAUGCAUACGACCCGAAUCUCAUAGCGGAGUCAUUGUUUGCUGCAGCCAAUAUAUUUAGUUCUUUAAAACUUAUAUACAUAUUUACAGUUAAUCCCCAUCUGGGGCCCCUGCAGAUUUCACUGGGUCGAAUGAUCCUGGACAUUAUGAAAUUUGCGGUGUUAUACGGGUUGGUGCUUUUUUCGUUCGCUUGUGGACUGAACCAUUUGUAUUGGUACUAUGCAACAUUAAGGGAGAGAGAAUGUAAGGUGCAGAAUAUUGAGGAGUCAUGUGAUAGAAGAUAUAAGAGGUUUGCCAACUUAUUUCAGAUUCUGCAGACUCUUUACUGGUCGAUAUAUGGUUUGAUCGAUCUAAACAAUGCAGAGCUUCUGGAGAAUCACAUAUUUACAGAGUUUAUCGGCAAGCUGAUGUUUGGGUCGUACAGCUGGAUAGCCCUGGUUGUCCUCCUUAACCUGCUCAUUGCCAUGAUGAGUAACUCCUACCACAAUACCUCAAGCCAGGCAGAUGAGGAGUGGAAGUUUGCGCGAUCCAAGCUGUGGAUGAGUUACUUUGAGGACAGCGGAACUCUGCCUGCUCCAUUCAACAUCAUACCUAGUCCCAAGUCCUUCAUCUAUCUCAUACUGUGGUUCAAACGUAACGUGUUCUCAUGUUCUCUCCACCAGAAGAGGAACAGAUGGCAGAGUAUACGAAAAAUUGUCAAGAAAAUUAAUGAAAAGGAAAUUAGAUAUCAGCGUGUCAUGAGAGACUUGAUAAAAAGAUAUAUCAUGCAAAAACAGCGAGGUCCGCUACGAGGCGAAGGUGUGACCGAGGACGACGUGCAAGAAAUAAAACAGGACAUAUCCUCGUUUAGAUACGAACUGCUUGAAAUUUUACGUAAUAAUGGAAUGAAAACUCCAAACCCCAAUCAGCCAAAACCGACCAAUCGAAGAUCCUACAGACGCCGUAACCAAGUCAACUUGGAAAGACUGAAAAGAACCAUGACCAUGGGAACCAUAAAAGAGUCCAACAACAAAAAUAGCAAUCCAAACCAAGUCCUACCAGACAAAAAUCCACAGGGUACUGCUGCUGGUGAAAAAAAAGACAAGGAGGGUACCGCGUCCUUCACUUUCCUGGAAAAACCAGACAACCUUCGCAGGCGUAGUCCACGGAGGGGCAUAGGUUCUCUACGCACUGAUGAGGGACUUGGGGAAUCCCUGGACCUCAAUAUAGAAAACGAGAACAGCCCCAAGAUGGACCAUCAUUCCACUGUGGGGGAUGCUGGAGGGGUGAAAGAGGGUUUGGCGGCCUGUUUGAGCCCCAGUAUGGCCUGCAACCCAGAGAUAUAUGACGCCUACAGUGGCGUACCCAAAUCACCGGCCAGGAGGGUGACUUUUCUGUGAUUGCAGUUCAUGUGACUCAAAUACUUGUAAUGAUCUGUAUUGUUCUGAUGUAAAAAAUAUCAGAAAUUUUUAUUUGAAAACACACUUGUGAUAUGAUAUAAACAUUUUUGAUACAUGGAUAUUCUUUUAUCAUUUUAUAUUUGUUUUUAUUAUGGUUUUGUUGUCAAUUUUUUUGUUUUUAUUGAUUUCAAAUUUUGUGGUGUUUAAGAGUUUAUAGUGGUCUAGAAUUAUAAUAUGCUAAUUCAUCAAAGGGGUUUAACUAUUAAAAGUGAGGGUAUAGAUUUUAUUCAUUAGUCAAUGAGUGUCAUUGUUGACUGUUCCCAUAUUUCAGUUCUCUCAGAACAUGUCACAUUUUGUGAUAAAGUCUGUUCUGUUAAAUCAUGUUUUUAUGACUAUGAAAUGAUCAUGUUUUCAAACAUUAAAACAUUAAAUCCAUGUGGGCAUUAGAAUAAUUAUGUAUAAGUGUUCAAUUUUUAUCUGUUUCCAUACUAUCACAAUACCAUGCUUAUCAAAACUUCUAGUUACAUGUUCUUAACAUUUGAAUUUUUCAUCAAACAGAAAAAAAGUUUACAUGUUCUUCACAUCUUUAACUUUAAGGUUCUUUAUAUUUACAUCAAAACAUAAUGUCUUUAAAACAAUCUUAUUAUUUUAUAUUUGAUUUCUUAAUUUAACAAGGAAUUUUACAUGUUUUCCACAAACUUUUACUGUCAUAUUAUUUUCAUUUGUAUUUAAUCUCAACUCCUUGUGCUUUUUUAGCUCACCUGAGCUGAAAGCUCAAGUGAGCUAUUCUGAUCACUUUUUGUCCGUCGUCCGUCCGUCCGUCCGUCCGUCCGUCCGUCUGUCUGUCCGUCUGUAAACUUUUUACAUUUUGAACUUCUUCUCUAAAACCGCUUAUCCAAUUUCAACCAAAUUUGGCACAAAGCAUCCUUAUGGGAGGGCGAAUAUAAAUUGCAGAAAUAAAAGUCCGAUCUGUAUUCAAAGCGGAGAAAACCUUGAAACUGUAGAAAAAGGGGGGUGCAUUUUAAAAAAUCUUCUUCUCAAGAACUACUGAUUCCAAUUCAACGUAGUAUAGCAUAAAUUAUCCUUAUGGGAAGGAAAAUAUAAAUUGCAAAAAUUAAGGUCUAAUUCUGUUUCAAAUCUGAGUUAUUACGAAAAUAAUAAUAAAGGAAAGGCGUGUUUCAAUCAGUUAAAUAGCUUCGGAUUCGGCAUCCGGUAAAAUGGGUAGACAAGACUUGGCCUGGGCAAAACCAAAGAUUGGCAGUUAUUAAUCUGCCAAUCUCAUUAAAAUUUCAGGAUAUUUGAUGGACCAGUAUAUUUAUAUUUGCUGUAAAUAUUGCUGCAAAAUAAUGCGUAUUUGGAAUUGACGAUUGCCGAUCCGCCCCGGCUUUUAUUUUGCCACGGCCCGGGUUUGCGUACCCAUUCUACCAAGACUCGUAUUCCAUACAUCUAAAACGAGGUUCUUUGUUUAAAGCAGCCAUGACAUUAUACGAAAAAGGGUCGAUCUGACUAUGAUGAAUUUGCUUGUUGUGCAACAGUUCGCGAAUGAAGGGAAAUUUUUGAAACAUGCAAAAUAUAUUGGUGCCGAUUUUGUGAAGUAAAUUGAGGCUAAAUAUUUCAAUGCGUUGACAGUUUUCACACAUGACGUUGGUGUUAGCUUGUUCUGAUUUUCGUUUCGUUUUCAUUAUUUAUGCUUUGUAACCUGGGAACUAUCGUCUGUAUUUCGUGAUUUUUACGUAUCAAAUCAAACAGAGACUUCGGUAAAUCAAACAGUUAACUGUUUACCUGUGCAAAUUAAGCAAAAUCUAUGUAUCAAAAAAGUACUGAAAUACAAUUCAUUCUAUCGGUAAUUCGGCAUUAUAUUUUGCGUAAUGGUAUAUUAAUGCAAUAGGUUUUGUUGAGAUGCUCGGCAUUUUCUCGAGUUUAUUCAGUUUAAAUAGAGUUUGAUAUCGCUGUCGGAAAUAUGUAGGUAUAUACAUGUACAUGUAUAUAUAUGAUUCAUUUCGAAAAAAUAAAUUGUGUUCUUUAUUUGUUAUAGAGCAUGUUUCUUGUGUUUUAAUUGUUUACAAUUUCUAUUUACUAACCAUAUUUGAGUGUUAAGCUUCGAAUUAUAAGCAAGAUACAGAGAUUUGCUCACGAUUCUAUGUUUGUACACAGAUCUUAAAAACUAAAGAAAAUUUCAAUAUUUAUUAAGAAAAUUUUCAAAGUCUCUCUUCCAGAAACCAACUUUAACAACUUAUUGUAUUGUAAACUUAACCUUUUUUAGCUCACCUGAGCCAAAGUCUUCUCAAAAACUAUUAGGCCAGGAAAGCUCAAAUUUGAGUGGAAGCAUCCUCAGAUAGUGUAGAUUCAAGUUUGUUCAAAUCAUGGUCCCCGGGGGUAGGGUGGGGCCACAAUAGGGGGAUCAUGUUUUACAUAAGAAUAUAUAGAGAAAAUCUUUAAAAAUCUUCUCAAAAACUAUUAGGCCAGAAAAGCUCAAAUUGAAAUGGAAUCAUCCUCCGGUAGUGUAGAUUCAAGUUUGUUCAAAUCAUGAUCCCCGGGGGUAGGGUGGGGCCAUAAUUGGGAGAUCAAGUUUUACAUAGGAAUAUAUUGAGAAAAUCUUUUAAAAAUCUUCUUCUCAAAAAUAUUUGGCCAAGAAAUCUCAAAUUGGCAUGUAACCAUCCUUAGGAAGUGUAGAUUCAAGUUUGUUCAAAUCAUGGUCCCUGGGGGUAGGGCGGGGUCACAAUGGGGGAUGAAUUUUUAUAGAUAGAGAAAAUCUUUAAAAGUCUUCUUCUCAAAAUUAUUAGGCCAGGAAAGCCCAAAUUUGAGUGGAAGCAUCCCCAGAUCAUAUAGAUUCAAGUUUGUUUAAAUAACAGUCCAGGGGUAGGGUGAGGCCACAAUGGGGGAUGAAUUUUUACUUAGGAAUAUAUAGAGAAAAUCUUAAAAAAUCUUCUUUUUAAAGAAUUUUAACCAGAAAGGGUUUAAACUUGUGUAGAGGCAUCCUCGGGUAGUGUAAAUUCAAGUUUGCAAAAUCACAGUCCCUAGUGGUAGGGCGGGACCGUGAUGGCGGUUUGAAUUUUUACAUAGGAAUAUAAAGAGAAAAUCUUUAAAACUAUUCUGGGAAAGUGUUCGGUUCAAAACUCAGUACUUAGUGUGAAAGCAAAGGUUAUGCAGAUUUAAGUCUGAUGAAACCAUGAUUCCCUAGAGAAAAAUGGGGCCAUGAAAUGGGGGGGGGGGGGGG